GAAACGCUGUCGUUUGCAACGUUUUCUUCUCGUGAAGCGCCAAAACCAAUUGCUCUCUCUCUCUCUCUCUUCACAAAAAAUCCACACUUGGAUUCAUAGCUUGUCUCUUCAACUCCGAUUCAGAAAAUCGCUUUUAUUUAUUCUCCCAUACCGACCUUUGUGUGAACAUAUCGGCGAUUCCCUCAAGCCACCGCCGUCUCACUCUCUCAACGUUCUGUCAUGACUAUGCCCAACAAGAAGGCCAAUCAAAAUGAUAGAAUCAGUGACUUACCAUGUAAUGUCAUUGAUGCCAUCCUAGCAAACUUGAAAAUCCGAGAACAAGUUAGAACUAGUAUUUUGUCUAAAAAGUGGAGGUAUACGUGGACUUCAGCCCCACAUCUUUUUUUUGACCCAAACUUUUUUGAAAGGUUUUGGCAUGUUGAUGACCGCUACCCUGUAGUUUGUAAAAUCAUCACGGAUGUUCUUAUGCUUCACAACGGGCCAAUACACAAGUUUUCUCUUUUCAUACCAUAUAACUCCUGUUUCAAGAUCACGGUGGAAUGCCUCAAUAUGUGGAUUCCGAUUUUGGCAAAGAAGGACGUUAAAUAUCUUGAUCUUGUGAACUGCGACGACACAGUUCCGGUUGAAAUGCCAUAUACUGUCCUCUCUUGUAAGGAACUGACUUACUUUAGUUUUUGUGGAUUUAACCUAUCAGUUCCACCUAAUUUCUGCGGCUUUAAAAGAUUGCUUGAACUUCAAUUAGAUAUGGUUACAUUCGAGUCUGGUGCAGUUGAGAGGCUUAUGUCUGGUAGUCCAUUUCUUGAAAAGCUCCGCAUUGACUACUGUGACGGUUUUGAAUAUCUUGAUAUUUCUUCUCCUACUCUCAAAGUCUUAUUACUAGAAUUAAGGGAAGAUAUGAAAACAAUUUCUUUCAAGAAUACAAAGAAUCUGAUCGAUUUUACACUUAAUGCUAAUCAUAACAACUUAUCUGGUUCAAUCAAAAAUUUGCCAAAACUUAAGAGGCUUUCGCUGGUCCGUUGGGAAAAGAUCCCAUUAGCAGAUAUCAUUCCUCCCACGUUGCUAACAAGCUCAUUAAGCUCUUUAGAGUAUCUUAAAUUGGGUGACAUGAGUUUGAAAGAAAAAGGAGAACUUUUGUAUUUUGUUAGCGUUCUCAAAAGUGCUCCUAGGUUGAUUGAACUCGCUAUACAGAGUUACAACAUGGGUGAUACCUCACAAGUUUCAGACCUUUCAGAAGAGUUAGAAUGUUGUAGUUGUUGCUGCCUUAAACUUCAGACGGUGAUUAUCUACGUUGGAGCUAGCUCUCCGCAUGUAAUGAGUUUGAUACAGUUUAUACUUGCAAAUUCUACAUUGUUAAAGACUCUUACUUUAAAUUUUAGUGGUUAUAAAUUAAAGGCAGCUAUGUUGUUCAAAAUUUCACAAGACUUGUUAUUGAUGGAACGAGCAUCACCAAGAGCACAGGUUAAGUUCCAUCGCUCUAUCCGUUCACUAUUUGUGUAGUGAGGUGAAAAGACUGGUUGCCCAUUGGACCACUGUUUAAUUUAUUUAUUUUCAACCCAUUUGGUAUCACGUGGCCAUUGUUUGUAAUACUUUGUGAUUCAGUAAGCUACUUAACUUUA